CUUCAUUCUCUUUGGCUGGCGUCCAUUCGUGGAGUGACAGCUCUUCUACACCACCGUGUUUUGAAGUAACUGCUUGUGAUUAAUCCAUUCGUAGACGGACAUAGAAUUAAAUAUGUUAUUUAACAACAUUUAUGUCUUUCUGGUCAUUUAUAUUUUUGCGGUAUUUGGUAUCGGGAAUGCCAGAAAGUCCACAAACGACGCCUUUCUGACUAAAGUAUCGGCUUGUUGUCAAUCGGCAAUUCUGGCGGUGAAGACACAAAGGAAUCCAAAUUGUAAAGCAAUUGGUCGACGUGCAUCUUCUGGACUUAUUUGUCGUACAUCUGCUGAAUUGUGUUGUGUAAAGCAGUUGCAAGAAUCUUUAUGCAGAAAGGGAAGAUCGGUCGCAAUUAAUGGCGGUUCCUGUGAUUUGGACUCUACGCGUUAUUAUGGUAGAGAAGAUCACCAAGAGUGCUGUUAUUGUUGUUAUCUUGGAAUUGAGGCCAAACGGAAAGGAAUUGGUUGUCAAACUUCCGCGGUUCUUGGUUUCCCUUGUCAAAACGCAUUUUCAAGAUGUUGUUUAAUGGAUGAUCCACAUCCUUCAGGUUUUCCAACAGGAGUGUUUGGACCAGUAGUAGCAACAACUGCACCAAGAACAUGCUCUAAUUUAGGAUGUUCUCAAAGUUGUGUUCUCCUCAGCGGUGUUCCUACUUGUGUUUGUAGGAACGGAUUUGAACUAAAUGUGAAUGGUCGUACGUGCAACGAUGUGAAUGAAUGCGCCAGAGGUGUAGUGUGCAAUCAAGGUCAAGCGUGCAGAAACACGUACGGGUCAUACGAGUGCGUUAAAGGCGCACAAGUUGUCACCGUUGCCCCUACUAUCACGUGUCCAAUAGGUCUCGAAGUUGAUCCCGGUAGAAGACAAUGUCGAGAUAUAAACGAGUGUGAACGAUCUCCUUGUCAACCCGAGGAACAGUGUCAAAAUUCGAUAGGAAGUUAUACAUGCAACCCAAGAUGCCCAAGUACAUAUGUAUUCAGGAAUGGUCAAUGUGAAAAAAAAUGUCGUUCAGGAUUGAGGUGGGACGGUCGACGAUGCACGGAUAUAGACGAGUGUAAUACAGUAAGGAAUGCCUGCCCAAGUGGACAAUCAUGUGAAAAUGUUCAAGGCAGUUAUCGCUGUCGUUGUCCAAGUGGAUAUACACUUCGCAACUCAAGAUGUUAUGAUAUAAAUGAAUGUCAGAGACCUGGUAUUUGUCAAUCAAACGAACGAUGUCGUAAUACAGCUGGAUCAUACAAAUGUGUGACAAAAGUCAAUGAUUGCAGUCGAGGAUAUGAACGGGUUGGGGGGGAAUGCGUAGCAAUCAGGGUAUGUGGAACAUCACGAGAAGAUUGCAGUGAGCAUGCAAGAUGUAGAAACACAGGUCCAGGACGAUACCAGUGUACAUGCAAGCGAGGGUAUAGUGGAAAUGGAAAAAAUUGCCAAGAUAUAGACGAGUGUAAUACAGUAAGGAAUGCCUGCCCAAGUGGACAAUCAUGUGAAAAUGUUCCAGGCAGUUAUCGCUGUCGUUGUCCAAGAGGAUAUACACUUCGCAACUCAAGAUGUUAUGAUAUAGACGAGUGUAAUACACUAAGGAAUGCCUGCCCAAGUGGACAAUCAUGUGAAAAUGUUCCAGGCAGUUAUCGCUGUCGUUGUCCAAGUGGAUAUACACUUCGCAACUCAAGAUGUUAUGAUAUUGAUGAGUGCCGAGAAGGUUUGUGUGCUAGGCAUGAAACAUGUACUAAUCUGCCUGGAACGUAUCGUUGUGAAGACAAAUCGAGGUGUGACCCUGGAUAUCGCCGUCAGAGUGGAGCCUGUGUUGAUGUAAAUGAGUGUUUAGAUUCCAGACGGUGCUCCAGUGAUCAAGUGUGUGUAAAUACAGAAGGAAGCUACGAAUGCAGAGUCCGAUGUUCGUCCGGUUAUGAGCGAGAUCCAUCCACUAAUGAUUGUAGAGACAUCGAUGAGUGUGCGGUUGGUAACCGAUGUGGGCCAAAUAGAGAUUGUCGAAAUCUUCCUGGAACCUUUAGCUGUAUUCGGGGAUGUCAACCUGGAUACGAGAGAAAUAAUGGAAGGUGUGAAGAUAAAGACGAAUGUCUUAUAUAUAUAUAUGUUCUCCUCCGAGACCUGUAUGUGAAAAUAUACCUGGUAGUUACAGAUGUAAUUAUCGUAAAUGUCCUGAUGGCUUUGAAAGAAGACGAGAUGGACGAUGUCAUGACAUCGAUGAAUGCACUACCGGAAGACACAGAUGCAGAGCCAAAACUGAAAUGUGUGUUAAUGUCAAUGGCACAUACUCGUGCCGCUGCAAUCCCGGCUAUUACAGAAGAGCAGAAGAAGUCCAUUGUCGAGAUAAAGAUGAGUGUUCAGAAGCAAGCCAGUAUUGUCAACACAACUGCGUAA